AUGAUUGGAAUUGGGGUGGGGGACCGUGCCAAUGUCCGGUCCGUCCCCAGCGACGGGCCGAAAAUCAUCCAGGCGCCUAAGGCGCCCAGUAGCCGUACUGGGCAGGAGAGGCCCACAGCCACCACUCCCAGGAUAGCAACGCAUCCGCACCGCAGGGGGCCCGUCGGAGGAAUGCGGGGGGAAAGCCCCCCCCACCCAAGGUCGACCCGAGGGGGCCGACGGCGACAAGACCACGGACAGAGGCCGAACCACCCCACACCCAGGCAGGCCGCAGAGGCCCAGGGUCUCCGCACCCAGAGCCCGCCAGCGCCCAAGGGCAGGGCCAGCCCACCACCGGGGGGAGCAGAGCCCCCCCCAGACCGCCCACCAGGGAGGCACGGCCAGAUACCCACCACUGCCACCCCCACCGCCCCCCAGAAGCCGACCACACGCCCCCCAGCCCAGGGAGGGACAGGCGGAGGCCCACGUAGGGCCACCAGCCAAGGGGGCCCCCAGAGACAGAAGAGAGGCAGACUCCCGAGCCGGUCCAGACCCCCCAGACCGAGCGCAGGGGACCCGAUCCCCCACGUCCAGCGACGCCUCAUGGCCACCACUGCUGCCCCCACCCAGACCGCCAGUCCCAACACGGCCAGGGGGUGGGCAGGAACCGAGCGCUCAGGAGUGCACCCACGACCACCCCCCCCACCCCGGCCCACCGGUGAUUGA